AACCAGAUCUUUAACAAGGGCACGUCUUCCAUGUUAAAGUAGCAAGAAAAUAGGGGGCGUGGGCCUUAUCCAUCCCGAAAGCCGAAAGGAGCAUUUCUCUUCUGCCUGCACACGUCACACAAAAGGCUUUCAAGUUCAACUGUGGAUCUGGCUUUCCGUUUUCCUUGUGCUUUUCUUUCAAAUGCUUCAUCGAUUUCUUCGCCUAUCCCGCUACAUUUCAUUUCCAUAUAAUGCCAAACAUUCACUCAACAACGACCAGUUGUACGAAACGAGCACCGCGUGGAUUUUAGAUAUGCUGAAGUAGGUUGGACUGUAGGAGUAGGACCAAGAAGAGGCGGUCGAGGGGUUUGGUGUUCAAUACUCCAAGGUUCAAGCCGGUAUAUAUGCUGUAAUGCUGAAACGGGAGUUGGCUUCAUUGAGUUCUCUCCGUCUCCAAAAGAUUCAAUAAUGGGUUGAAAUAACUAGUCACACCAACUUCCAAUUCGACGGACAUCAGCGGUAACCCCUCUCUCUCUCUCUCUCUCUCUCUCUCUCUCUAGUCAGUUCCAAGUCUGUCCGUUACUCAGCGGUUGGGCCAAAGUCCAACAGUGAAACACUUCUUUCAUCUUUGUUUGCGCGCGCGCUCAUCAUCUAUUUGUGAAAUGGAGAGUUCGUGGGACAACUGGGUCGAGGAGGCUCUAUCGAGAUUGGAGUCUCUAAAGCUCCUACGAUCUCUCCGACCCAUUUCACUGUCGAGGGAAGAAGUGAAGCCCACCGAGGUGGAAUCGAGGAACUUCGUGAAUUUUGGGGAGUUUGAGACUUUUGAUGGGUUGCGGUCGUGGGAUCGAUCGUCGGUGGAGGUUGAGAUUGCAGAGCCUACAUUUCAGAAAUGGGUGAACGACGUCCCCAGUUCCGGAGAUGAGAUCAUAAAUAGAGAUGGAGUGGUUGAUGGACACUUAGGUGUUAGCCCCCAGCAGUUCAGGAAGUUACUGCUCUUCUCAGGAAAUGACUACCUGGGCUUGAGUUCUCAUCCAACAAUCCGAAAGGCUGCUAUUCAUGCAGCCCAAGAAUAUGGAAUGGGUCCAAGAGGUUCUGCUUUAAUCUGUGGGUAUACCAAUUAUCACAGUAUACUAGAGUCAUGCUUGUCAGAUUUGAAGAAAAAAGAGGAUUGCUUACUUUGCCCAACAGGCUUUGCAGCCAAUAUGGCCGUAAUGGUAACAAUUGGAAGUAUUGGAUCCCUCUUAUCUGCAGGCAGGAAACCACUGAAGGAUGAGAAAGUAGCCAUAUUUUCAGAUGCUCUGAAUCAUGCCUCAAUAAUUGAUGGUAUCCGUCUCGCUGAGCGUCAUCAAGAAGUAGAGGUCUUUGUAUAUAAACAUUGUGACAUGUCUCACCUUAAUGCUUUGUUGACAAGUUGCACAAUGAAGAAGAAAGUUGUUGUAAGUGAUAGCUUGUUUAGUAUGGAUGGAGAUUUUGCACCACUUGACAAGCUUGCUGGGCUUCGCAGGAAGCAUAGAUUUUUGUUGGUUAUUGAUGAUGCCCAUGGAACAUUUGUUUGCGGCAAGAAUGGUGGGGGCGUGGCAGAAGAGUAUGGUUGUGAAAAUGAUGUUGACAUAUGCAUAGGCACACUGAGCAAGGCUGCAGGUUGCCAUGGUGGAUUUGUGGCUUGCAGCAAAAAGUGGAAGCAGCUUUUACAAUCAAGAGGUCGCUCAUUCAUAUUUUCAACUGCUUCACCAGUGCCUGUUGUUGCUGCUGCACAUGCUGCUGUUAUUGUGGCCAAAAACGAGACAUGGCGUAGAAGGGCAAUUUGGAAGCGGGUGCAGGAGUUCUAUGCUCUGACAGGAAUCCCCAUCACAAGUCCCAUAAUUUCUCUUAUUGUUGGUAGUGAAGAAAAGGCUCUUCAUGCCAGCAGGCAUUUGCUAAGAGCUGGUUUCCAUGUAACAGCAAUCAGACCCCCCACAGUGCCUCCCAACUCAUGCAGGCUACGGAUAACCCUGAGUGCAGUACACACCAUAGAUGAUUUGAAGAAGCUUGCAGCAGCUCUUUCCCUUUGCAUCAACUUCCCAGACAUUGAUAAGAAUUCGAUUACAUAUUCAAAGCUCUAAGGUUUUGAUGUUUGGAGUUUGAUUUACAAACUCCACGGAACAGGAUUGACUCACGAAACUGACAUUGAUAAUUAGCUUUACUGGGUUAAACUUGUGGUUGAACUUGUAGUAGUAUGAGAAAUAAAACUUCCCCAAAACAGGUUGAUCGACUUGCUUAGACGACCACUGCUCCCUUAUCCCAACUGUAUGAUAUGGGGGCUCAUUCAUAGUUCAGACAGAGAAAGACCUUGAAUUCUGAUGUUA